AACGAUCUACAGUCGUAUUUUCGAAACAAUGGCGGCGCCCAUAAAUUCUCUUAAGAAAAACAUACUGCGGACCAGGGUAAGCAGUGUUUUAAAUAAAGACGUAAAACAGUUUGGAAAACAGUACCUGUUUGAUGAUGAUGAUGAGACCUGCUGGAACUCUGACCAGGGUACACCACAGUGGGUGAUUAUAGAUUUUAAUCAAGCUGUCUCUGUUCAAGAAAUUCAUGUUCAGUUUCAAGGUGGAUUUGUGGGGAAAAGCUGCCUACUAGAAACACCAGGGGAGAACAACGAUUAUGUCCAGGUUUUUAGUUUCCAGCCACAAGACAGUAACCAAACACAAAUAUUUCAUCUAACCGAAUCUGUAAAGUUAUCAAGCUUAAGAAUUACCUUUGACCAAAGCACAGAUUUCUUUGGUAGAAUAACUAUUUACAAACUUGAUAUUCUGGGACAAGCAUCCUGAUGGUAGACUCGUGUUGUCCUCCACCGCGCAUGUAAAGCCGUCCUCAAACGAUAGAGCCCAUACAGGAAAACCUGGAUGAGUGGGACAGCUAUUAAAGCCACGACACAUAUAGCGAUGGCUGCCGUGCCA